AUGUCGCUCUUCCAACCAGCACCUCCUCCGGCUACCAAGCUCGGUGUCCUCCGAGUGCUCUCUCCCAAUGCAGGUGUACAUGUCUCUCCAUUUUGCUUCGGGGGAAUGAGCAUCGGUGACCAAUGGAACGGCGCAUUGGGGUCUAUGAACAAAGAAUCGAGCUUCAAACUGCUCGAUAGUUAUUUUGAUAUGGGAGGAAACUUUAUCGACACGGCGAACAACUACCAGGACGAAAGUUCUGAGCGAUUCAUCGGGGAGUGGAUGGAACAACGAGGUAUACGAGACCAGAUUGUUCUUGCUACCAAGUACACCACCAACUUCAAACGCGGCAACGACUCGAUCGCUCAAAAAGCAAACUACACGGGAAAUAAUGUCAAGUCAAUGCACAUCAGCGUGGAGGCCAGUCUGAAGAAACUUCGCACAUCUUAUAUCGAUUUGCUCUACGUACAUUGGUGGGAUUAUGAUACCUCAGUCAAAGAGGUCAUGGACGGAUUGCAUUCUCUUGUGAUGCAAGGCAAAGUUCUUUAUCUGGGAAUAUCUGACACACCUGCUUGGGUGGUCGCUCAGGCUAACGAGUACGCUCGGUGCACUGGUAAAACUCCGUUCGUUGUCUACCAAGGACUUUGGAAUAUCCUUGACCGUUCUUUCGAGCGGGAAAUUAUACCUAUGGCUCGUUCACAAGGCCUUGCUCUGGCUCCGUGGGGUGUCCUUGCUCAAGGAAAACUCCGCACCGACGCGGAAGAGCAGCGACGAAAGGAAAACGGAGAGAACGGACGCAUGAUGUAUCCAGGUAAGAGCUGGGAAAGGGACGAGUCCGAGACAAAAAUUUCCCGUGCUUUGGAGAAGGUCGCCAGCGAGCUUGGGUUGGGAAGUAACAUCGGUGCCGUCGCCAUCGCGUACGUCAUGCAGAAGACGCCUUAUGUUUUCCCAAUCAUUGGGGGAAGAAAGAUCGAGCACCUUCAAGAAAAUAUCAAGGCGCUUGAUAUUUGGCUUAGCGAAGAACAGAUUCAGUUCUUGGAGGGUGUCCUUCCUUUUGACCCGGGAUUUCCUCACAACAUGGUGGGAGAUGGAACGAAGCCGUUCUUCGGGAUGUUGAAUGCGAUGUCAUACAAGAAAGUCCAGCCUCAACAGGCUAUCAAGCCUACGGAUUAA